AUGGUGACAGAGGAGCCGGAGCACACUGGGGCAAACAGGAUCCACCUGAUGGCUGGGCGGGUUCCCCUGGGCACAGACCGGGCAGCAGUGGCAGGUGAGAUGGAAACCACCUUCGUUGAGAAUCUCAGAUAUGCUGCUGACCUGCUGGCCCAGGAAGACAUGAUAGGAGUGGUGGAGCCUAUUAACAACCGUAUCACUGACCCUUGCUACUUUCUCAACACCCCGCACCAAGCUGCUGCCAUCCUGGAGAAGGUGGGACGGCCCAACCUGAAGCUGCAGCUGGACCUCUUUCACUGCCAGAUCAUGGAUGGGAAUUUGUCACGCAACCUGGAGACAUACUUCCCACUCAUCGGUCAUAUCCAGAUUGCACAGGUGCCGGGGCGGCACGAGCCCGACAGCCCCGGGGAGUUGAACUUCCCCUACAUCUUUGAGCUCCUGGAGUCCCUCGGCUACACUGGCUACGUGGGGUGUGAGUAUGCCCCAAAAGGAGACACUCUGGAAGGUCUGGGCUGGUUGCGCUCGUACUGGGAGAGCAGAGGCCUACAGCAUGGUGGGACCAGCAAGGCAGCAGAGUAA